AUGAACCUCGUGAGCCGCGACCGGGCUCAGGUGGGUGACGUCUCUAUUCCAGCCCCGGCGGAGGAGGCGGAGGAGGAGGCGGCGGUGGCGGCUAGCCUUCCUCCGGAGCGCCUCUCCGGCUGCGGCUCGGGCUCGGGCUGCGUCCGUCGGGGGGGCGGCAUGGAGGGCCAGGCCGAGCAGCGCCUCCCACCCGGCGGCGACCUCCCUCCGGGCUUCCCUUGCCCUCUCGGCCGGGAGCGGCCCGGAGCAGAAGGCGCCAGCCCCAGCAGCAGCGCCAGCAGCACCACUCCAGGGGGCCCCGAGGGGGCGGGCGCCGCUUUGCCCGUGGCCCUGGUGCACCGGACCACCUCCUGCUCGGUGCUGGACAUCCUGGACCCCAACAAGUUCAACAGCCGGAGCCGCCGAGCCUGCGCCCUCCUCUACAAGGCAGCCAGCGCCGUCGUGGCCGGGGAGGAAGGCGGACGUUACACGCGGGUGAGCCCCGAGGAGGAGCAGGACGAGCAGCAGGAGCAGGAGGACCGGGACGGGGCGGACGUCGAGGAGGAAGAGGAGGCAUCGGAGGCCAAGGCCCUGGCCCAGGAGCUCCAGAGCGGCGCCCGGAGGAGGAAGAGGCCUUCCCCUCCGGGCUCCCAGGCGCCGUCGUCGGGCAAGGCCAAGCGGAAGCGCCCGGGCUCGGACUCCAAGUCGGGCAAGCCCCGCCGGGCGCGGACGGCCUUCACCUACGAGCAGCUGGUGGCCCUGGAGAACAAGUUCAAGGCCACGCGGUACCUCUCCGUCUGCGAGCGCCUCAACCUGGCCCUCUCGCUCAGCCUCACCGAGACCCAGGUCAAGAUCUGGUUCCAGAACCGGCGCACCAAGUGGAAGAAGCAGAACCCCGGCGCCGACACCAGCGCCCCGACAGCAGGAGCAGGAGCAGGCGGAGGCGGAGGCGGAGGGGGAGGAGGGAUCGGGGGCAUCGGGGCCGGGGGGCUCUCCGGGGCGCUCAGUCCGCUCAGCCACUCGCCCCCGAUGGGCAGCCACGGCCUGGCCAUGCAUGGACCCCCGGGGCCCUAUGGAGGACACCCCGCCGGGGGCCUCGUCUGCGCCGCCCAGCUCCCCUUCCUCCCCGGCCCCGCCGUCCUCUCCCCUUUUGUCCUCGGAUCCCAAACCUACGGCGCCCCGGCCUUCUACGCGCCCCACCUCUGAAGCCAACCCUCCUCCUCUUAGGACCCUCUCCCCCUCCGCUGCUGCCUUUGCCUCCCAAGCAGGAGACUGGCGGUCCCCCGACGGCGCCCACCUGGACCCCCUUGUUUCUCUGGAGCUGCUCACAGACUAGUUCAGGAGGAGCCGUCGGCAUGAAAGGCCCGCCGAUUGCCGAAGGGAAAGCUGGGAAGGACGCCCCGUCUAAGCUGCUUUGAGCAAGGUUUGGCCCUCGCUUGCGGAGAACCGGCAUCGUUGGGGUUUUGGGGUUUUUUUAUGCGGGACCCUCAGAGGAAAAACUGGGGGAUGCAACGUCGGCUGCGUGGA